AUGUUGAAGUUGGGCAAAUCACCUCAUCGUGCAAUCAAGAGGAUGCAAGAGGAUGCUGGCGGUGGAAUGUUGGCCGCAUGGUUCGGCGACUACUAUACCAUCUUUGUCAGUGAUCCUCUGCUGGCCAAGGAGAUGUGGGGCAAGCAGUUCAUGAACUUUAGCGAUCGCAAGCACAAGCCAAUUGGCCGUGUACUGUCUGGUGGCUACAAGAACCUGAUCAGUGCCGACUAUGAGAAGUGGAAGCCACUUCGUGCCAUGGUCUCCAACACCUUCACCAAGACCAAGCUAAAGGCACUCAUCUCCAUCAUCGAAGAACAAGUCUCCUUGCUCACCAAGAAGAUGGAUGAUUGCAUGGCCACUGGACAACCCUUCUACCCAGCCAAGUAUUGCAAGAAGUUCUCGAUGAAUAUUACAUUGAUGAUCUGUUUCUCGAAGCAGAUACCUUAUGAGGAGUCUGUUGAGGGUGGAGUGUUGGAUCACUUGAUUCAUCCAAUUGAGACAAUUUUUGAGGCAAGUGCACAGGGCAAGCUACUCCACGCAUUCAAAUGGGCUGCACCAUUAGUUGUCCAUGUCCUCUCAAAGAAGAUUGCCAACGCACAUGCCACCAUCCACAAGUACAUCCGUACAAUCUACGAUGAGAAGUUGACCACAAUGGAUCCAACCAACCCAAGAGACUUGUUUGAGGAGAUUGUCAACAGUGAUGGCAAGGCUGAGGACUUGGACACUGUCAUCGGUGUGGCCAUUGAUCUCUUGUUGGCUGGAACUGACACAUCAGAGUCCACGAUCGAAUGGGCAAUGCUGUACAUGUGUAACUUCCCAGAUAUUCAGGAGAAGUUACAUGCAGAGUUGGCAAGUGUGAUUGGUGUUGGAAACAAGGUGGAACUAUCCCAUCGUGCUCAGACACCAUACACAGUAGCAUUCAUCAAGGAAGUCCUUCGUAUUAGACCCAUCGCUCCAUUCGGUCUCAACAGAACCAAUCAACAAGAGGCCACCAUUGGUGGUUAUUUCAUUCCACAAGGUACCCAACUUUUGAUCAACAUUUAUGGUAUUCAUCACAAUCCAAAGUACUGGCCCAACCCUGAGCAAUUGAUUCCCGAGAGAUUCCUCAAUCAGGAGAACGUUACCAAUGACAACUGGAUCCCAUUCGGAAUUGGACAAAGGAACUGUGUUGGUCUAAACCUGGCAAUGGACGAGAUAUAUAUGGCCGUUGCCAACAUCUCACUCAAGUAUAAGUUGAAGUCUGCCACAGGUGAGACUAUUAGUGAUGCAGAGACCUACAGAUUGACACUACAUCCAGUUGCCUAUGGUAUGACACUUGAGUCUAGAGGUGGUGUUUCCAGCACUCCAGUUGCCAACCAGCGCGCUUAA